AACGUACAAUUAUGAAAAAAAACUUCGACUUCAAGUGACACUAAUAAAAAAAUCUUAAAAUGUACUUCGUCAAUGUAGUUAUUUUCAAGCCUAUUUUUAUCUUUUUUAGAAUUCUACAUUAAUUUGGAUUUAUGCAUAUUAUUAGUAAGUAGAUAUUCCAAAAAAUGGUCGUACCCAAACGUUAAAUCUAAAAUAUAUUAAAUCAGAAGCUAGCGCAAGAUCAAAUUAAAUAGAUCAUUGCAUACAAUAAAAUAUUACAUCGUUACUAUGAAACCUGAAACCAACGACCGAAACCUCCAACUAUAACCAGCGGUCAAACAGACAUCGAAACAUGACCAAAAUGUCACUUUGCUCACGCAAACACCAGACCAAAUACCACCUUUCAGUUCCCUGUAACAUCUCCACGAUACUACACUAACAUCGAUACAAAACGUCACAACUUACACUCAAACACUAAUCACUUAAAACCUUUCGCUUUUGGGUUGUAUCUAUACUCUUACGUAUUUCGUGACGUCACGGCGCGGGCGCCUGAAGCCUAUCCUUUUCUAACGUGUUCAAAUGUAAAUAAGGGUGAGAGAGAUAGAUUUCUAGGUUGCUCAGGUGGUUAUCAUUGUUAUCAGUAGUGGUUUUGUCGCGAGCGCGGACGCACGCGCCAGUGAUGUGCUGUUAAACAAAUUUACUCAUCUUAUCGAUUCAGGUACCCCACCGCAGGGGCGCGAGUCAACCAUGUAACGAUGCGACUGACAUUCUCAUACUGUCUCGUUCAUCCUUACCAGUGAUGUGAUCAUACUGUGCGUGUGUGUGAGUGCGUGCGACAGGGACGCAACUAUACUGUGAUGCGACAGAGACGCAAGUGAUGCAGGGGAGAGAGAGAGAGAGGGAGCGACGCGGGGGGAACAUGUCGCUCCCUAUGAUGAGGAGUUUCAGUUCGGAGGGGGGGACGGGGAAGCGCGAUUGGAAAAUGCGCUUGAGCCUCCGUAGUCGAAGUGGGCAUAGUGUGGAGGCGCUCCGCGGCCGCCGCUGCGCGUCUCUGCGCGGCGCGCCCCGCGACGACUCCGGUCGCUCGACGCCAGCGCCCGCGCACCGCUCCUCCCCCUCCCCCGCGGGCACGCCCGCCCCCAAGAAAUCCAACUGGGAAGUGAUCGAACACUUCUCGAAGACCAAGAAGAGUCCUACUGCGGUGGAAUCAGAGAACGGCGCCUCGCCGGCCCUACCGCUAUGUCCGUCGGGCCGGCCAGAUGUCGACGCAACACCGCUACUCGGAGAUGACACCACCGUGAACCUAUACUCACUGGGCUCGCACUCAGAUGAGCAGGAGGGGUGCGGGGCGGGGUGCGCGAGCGCACUCCCCCCGCCCGUCGCCGCGCUAUGCGCGCCCCGACGUUUUCACAACCUACACGUGGAGAUGCUGUACCAACGCUACUUCCUUCGCAUGAAUCAAACCAAUAUGACGCACCUCCUGGGUCUGCUGCUAGCAGUGUCCAUGGCACUAAUGCUGUGCCACAUCCGGGGAUUGCUGCUGGCGCAAGAACAGCUCGCUGAGGAGCUGGCUCUAGCCGACAGCAGCUACACCACGCUAAUAGCAGACCUGGACCUCCUCUACUACGACUCAAACCUUCGGACGACGACGGAGCCCUACGGCGCGAACACUACCAGCGCAUUACGCCGACUGCACUACGAAUACCAGCGCAACGCACACGCCGCUAACGUCGGCGUGCUCGGCGUCGCCGCUCUCGUCUAUGCGUGCCUGCUUCUCUGCCUAAGCCGGCCCGCAAUUAACGAGAUCUACCUACUGACCAUCUCGUAUGUCGUCCUUGCGACCUUCCUACUGAUUGAGCUGGCUGUCGUUGGCACCUCUUGCGUCAGAUCAAUGAGCAUCGGUGCCGGCGCUUGCGUGCUCUUCACCUAUCUGACGUACGCGACGUUGCCAGUCCGCCUGCACGAGGCGAGCGUGGCUGGAGUCCUGCUGGCGGCCGUCAACCUAGCUGGCAACCUGUACCUGGCCCGCGACAGCGACCUGCAGAUGUUCUGCAACCUGAUCGUGCUGACGGCGUGCAACAUUGCCGGUGUGAUGACGCACCAACCACGAGAGCUGGCGCAGCGACGCGCCUUCUUGGAGACCAGGGACUGCGUCGAGGCGCGCCUGGUGACCCAGCGGGAGAACCAGCAGCAGGAACGCCUCCUGCUGUCAGUUCUCCCGCGUCACGUGGCCAUGGAGAUGAAGGCAGACAUCGCCAGCCAGCCGCGCCAGGAGCAGUUCCACAAGAUCUACAUCCAGCGAUAUGAGAACGUCAGCAUCCUGUUCGCUGACAUUUGCGGAUUCACCUCGCUGUCAGACCAGUGUACCGCCGAGGAGCUGGUGCGGCUGCUUAAUGAGCUCUUUGCCAGAUUCGACCGCCUGGCCGCCGAGCACCACUGCCUCCGCAUCAAGCUCCUGGGCGACUGCUAUUAUUGCGUGUCUGGCCUGCCGGAGGCGCGCGACGACCAUGCCAAGUGCUGCGUUGAGAUGGGACUAGACAUGAUCGACGCGAUUGCGCUAGUCCGAGAAGUGAUGGCGGUGAACGUGAACAUGCGCGUGGGUAUCCACACGGGCCGUGUGCACUGCGUGGUGCUCGGGCUGCGCAAGUGGCAGUUCGACGUGUGGUCCAACGACGUCACGCUCGCCAACUACAUGGAGAGCGGCGGUGUAGCGGGCCGAGUCCACAUCACCAAGGAGACCCUCCAAUGCCUCGGCACCGACUACAAGGUGGAGCCAGGCCACGGCGACCAGAGGAACGCGUACCUCAAGGACCACAACAUUGAGACCUACCUGAUUGUACCGGACGACACCAGCCGAGUGGUGAGUUACACGAGUUACUACAAGGAGGUAAGACACGGCGACCAGAGGAACGCGUACCUCAAGGACCACAACAUUGAGACCUACCUGAUUGUACCGGACGACACCAGCCGAGUGGUGAGUUACACGAGUUACUACAAGGAGGUAGGACACGGCGACCAGAGGAACGCGUACCUCAUGGACCACAACAUUCAGACCUACCUCAUUGUACCGGACGACACCAGCCGAGUGGACAAGAAGCCCCAGAACUCCUUCUCCUUGAACGGCAACGUGUCCAAGGAGAUGCGGGUGAUGGGCCACGGAUCACAACACGGCAAGAACUCGGCCAAGGUCGAGCAAGGGAACGAAUUCAAGAAGCCGGAAGAUGAGGUCAACGAGUAUCUGAUGAAGGCAAUCGAUGCGCGUUCCAUCGACCGUCUCAGGACCGAGCAUUGCCGGCCGUUCACACUGACCUUCCGCGACCAGAAACUGGAGACGAAGUACACAGCCGAGCGGGACAGGAUGCUAAAAGUAUACUUCAUCUGCUCGCUGGUGGUGUAUGCCGCGGUGACUUUUGUCCAGCUGCUAGCCUUUGACAUUGAUGCUGGAGGCAUCGCAACGGUGGCUGUCUGCGGGUUUGUCGUGCUGUUCAUCAUCUACCUGGUCUUGGCUGCGAGCUUCGAGCACACCAGCGCUCACCUGCGCUCAUUCUCACUGAGGAUCCAUUCCAACCGGACCCUGGCGCAGGGCAUGUCCUUCGCGCUGUUGGGUACUUUGCUGCUCCAGAUCCAGGUGUUGAUGGCACUGAACAACGGCGGAGCGUCACCGAACAAGCUAGAUGAAAUUGUCACCUUCUGUCCAUACUCCAUGAAUGAGCACUACCUGCAACUGACACUCCUGGCGAUGUUCCUGUGCGCAGCACACCAGGUCCUCAUCACAUCAGUCAAGACCCUCCUCCUACUCCUGGCCACUGGCGCGUACGUCACUUUCACGCUGCUGGACUUCUUCCACCCAGCUGAAGUCGUCUGGCAAUGCGUCUCGCUGGACCAGCAGUGGACGUGCGUGGUGAUCGCCAUCGGCGCCGCCGUCGCCCUGAUGCUGCACGCCCAGCAGACGGAGAGCACCUACCGGCUGGACUUCAUCUGGAAACUGCAGGCCACUGAUGAGAAGGAGGACAUGGAACACCUGGAGGCGUAUAACCGCAAGCUGCUCGCGAACAUCCUGCCGGAGCACGUCGCACAACACUUCCUCUGCAGCGACAAGAACAUCGAUGAGCUAUACCACGAGCAGUGCGAAUCCGUCUGCGUCAUGUUCGCUUCCAUCCCCAACUUCUCCGAGUUCUACGUCGAGCUAGAGGGCAACAACGAAGGUGUGGAGUGUCUCCGUCUCCUCAACGAGAUCAUCGCCGACUUCGAUGAGAUCCUCGCUGAGGACCAGUUCAAGUACAUCGAGAAGAUUAAGAGCACUGGUGCUACGUAUAUGGCGGCGUCAGGCCUAACAGCCUCCACCCGGGACCUCCGCGGCUACCGCCACGUCACAGCUAUGGCGGACUACGCUCUGCGCCUGCGCGACCAGCUCCAGUACGUCAACGAGCACAGCUUCAACAGCUUCCGCAUCCGGAUUGGUAUCAACAUCGGGCCGGUGGUGGCGGGAGUGAUCGGAGCUAGGAAGCCGCAGUACGACAUCUGGGGGAACGCUGUCAACGUGGCGUCACGUAUGGACUCCACGGGACUUUUGGACCACAUCCAGGUGACUGAGGAGGUGUACGACAUCCUGGCAUCGCGGGGAUACAAGCUGCGCUGCCGGGGCACUGUUGAUGUCAAGGGGAAGGGCAACAUGGUCACGUACUUCCUCGAGGGCGUCGGCGAGACCAUUCCGAAUGGCAUCUCGGAUAUUUACAAUAAUCCGACCCCGUCGACAUCUCACGAGUGCUCAGAUGCGCGACCACCACCAGCUGACCACCGACCCCUGGAGACCCUGUCCGAAGACCACGGGGAGGAGGUCUCACCACGCGCCUCCAUUCCAACUGACAGCCAGAACGACUCGGCAAACACGCAGAGCCCGCGUCUAGACGCGUCGCGCGAGUCGCUCGCCGGCGCGGUGCGCGCGCGUGUGCGCAAGAGAUUGGAGCGGCCUGCGUCAUUGGCCGAGUGCCCCACGCUGCCCGUCCUGCUCUCCGUGAUGCAGGCCAGGGCACACUCAACAGACUUCCGCGUCCCAAUAUCACACAGCAGCGGCGACAUUGAAGCCCUGAUCCAGCCGCGGCGCUCCGCCAGCCUCGCUGACUUCGUCCGCCGCAAGCCGCGCGUGAACAUCAUCGAGAACCCCAUGGUCGUCAGCCCGCUGCCCAACGACAGCCCCAGCCCGGACAGCCCAGCGACGGCAGAAAAUGUCAUCCUCACUGUAGCCCAAACACAUUAAACACUGCAGGUACUGGAAUUUUUGUCAACAUCAUCGAAAACCCCAUGGUCGUCAGCCAGCUGCCCAACAACACGCCCAGCCCGGACAGCCCGGCGACGGCGGAAAAUGUCAUCCUCACUGUAGCCCAAACACAUUAAACACUGCAGGUACUGGAAUUGUUGUCAACAUCACCGAAAAUCCCGUGGUUGUCAGCCAGCUGCCCAACAACACCCCCAGCCCGGACAGCCCGGCGACGGCAGAAAAUGUCAUCCUCACUGUAGCCCAAACACAUUAAACACUGCAGGUACUGGAAUUGUUGUCAACAUCACCGAAAAUCCCGUGGUUGUCAGCCAGCUGCCCAACAACACCCCCAGCCCGGACAGCCCGGCGACGGCAGAAAAUGUCAUCCUCACUGUAGCCCAAACACAUUAAACACUGCAGGUACUGGAAUUGUCAGCCAGCUACCCAGCAGGCAGUCCGGCAAUGGCAAACUAGAUUAGACUUGUGAACAAGCCAGUAUUAGUCCUUUGAAGGUACUUGGCUGGAAUUUUCUUUUCACUCUCGGCAACACCUGUCUUCAUUGAAACUGGGGCCGUAUAGAUGAUAAUCAGUGAUCGGAACUAUGGGAGUAAAACUUUAACAAAACUUGUUAAGCGGACAUAAAAUAGUGCAUACAGCCCUAAAAAUAUUCAUGUCCAUAGGGAUAGGAAUAGCAUAGUACUUACAGCCAUAAAAAUAUUUACAUUCAUAGAUAUUCGAAUAUUUUUAAGGCUAUAAGCACUCUUUUUACGUCCGCUUGAUAAGUUUUGUUAAAGUUUAAAUCCCAUAGUUCCGAUCACUGAUGAUAAUUUAUCGUCAUUCGAAAAGUAAAAAUGUGGCAUGAGGGCGAAAAGGCAUGUGAUUAUUUCCGUAUUCAUGGUUCAAUUUGCGUCUUCUAUAAACGAUUGUGAUCGAUUCUGAAGUGAAAUAUGUAUUUGUCAUCGCGAUACAUUUUUUCUUUUCGAUCGACGUUUGUCGAUGUAUUUACAUCUAGGCUAAGCCCCUAGAAUUUGGGUGUUUUAUUCAGCAUCAUUUUCAAUGGCAUAUUUUCGUAGAAGUGGAGAUGUGACUCAGAGAAUUUGAUUGUGUUUUAAGGUCAUUAGGAGAGGUACAGAACUCCCACGAAAACCAAAGAUGCUAUCGAAAUCUACUGCCGAUUCCUUAAAAAUCUGCCAUGUGAAUGAGAUGGCUCAAAUAUUUGUUUUAAAAGGUAUUUUACUUUGAUAUUUACAAACGAGGACUCAUUUAUGAACCUGCUCGUAGUGGGAUAGUCUACAAAAGGUGUUGUAAAUGAAUUUUCGGAGCAAGGAUUGCCAUUUUGAUUCGAUACGACUAAAACUAAGAGUUAGUUUUGUGGAUGAAAUGGGAUCUUUGUCUGUAAUAUCAGUAGGUUACAUUAUUUCUCCAUUAAAAUAAUCUUCGAAAGUACUAAUGCUGGCAAUAAUAACUGUUCUCAUACCAAUUGACUUGACAUAUUAGAUGAAAUGAGGCAAUCAUGUCUCAUGUCGAGGUUUAAGCGUGUUACAAAUAUAAUAGUCGACGAAAUAUAAUUUGUUCCGAUUCGCCUUAAAAUUCCAUACAAAAUAUAUUUCCUCGACUGUACCGCUUACCUCUCAUCAUUACACGGACUUUACAAACUAUGAUAGUGACUACAUGACCGUAACAUUGAGAUGUUACGAGAGUCUUCACGCAAUGAGCUAUCUUCUUGAAAAGGAUGAGUACUCAAGCGCAUAGACUCAGACAAAUACUAAUUCUGAUAUUAUGUACGAUUGCCAUCCUGAAAGUUAUUGUCCCGGCUCUUGUUACACUACUAUGACAAUUGUCACUUGACAAUGACAAUUCACCGUACACUGCUAGUCCAACAAGUAAAUACUCGUGUGCUAUUCUACGUACUGUUCUUACUUAUCGGCCUGGAAAUGUACAGAUAAUUGUCUGUGUCAGAUGCCAAUUGUCAGAGUGGUGAAAUAGGCACCUUUAGUGCAAAACAAUGGCGAGUUCAACAAAAGAUCAAAGUUUUACGGAUUUCAUCCUUAUGGAACAAGUACGGAUGGCAGUUGGUUAGCAAAUUGUGGAUAGGUUGUGAACGUAGGAAGAUGUGCAUGUUUAUUUUGUUACCAAAGGAAUUGCAAACAUCUCAGAGUGACAGAGCUUAUGGGAAUGACAAUGAAAAUUAUUUAAGACACGAACCAAAAAACUCACUCGCGUUACAAUCGAAGCUACGCUCACAUUUUAACAUGACUUGCAUUGCAUGAAUUGAUACAAAUAUUUACCUAACAUAUCUCUAUGUCUGAUAUUAGUCUUCAUUGCUAAAAAUUGUUAUACAAAGAAAAUAGAUCAAGUAGAAGUAUUGCAUGUAAAACUUGUACUCGCUCAAUAUAUUU